GGCCCUCUGCGCGCUGCGCUCGGGGCUCGGGGCGCGCUGUCCCCGGGGCGCGCUGUCCCCGGGGCCCCCCCGCCCGCCGAGCUGCCCGCGGCUGGCAGGAGCAGGAGCAGGAGCGGGCGCGGCGCGGGAGGCGGCGGCGGCGGCGGGGACGACCGGGCGGCGGCUGAGCGCGCGGAACCGCAGCCCCUUGCCCGCCCCUCGGCUCGCCCAUCGCCCGCCCGCUGCGCCCGAGCGCGCGGAGCCCCCGACCCACGGAGACAUGAGCGCCCGGCGGCCCGACGCACCCGAGGCGCAGCGGCCCGGCCCCGCGGCCCAGUGAUGGGCUCCUGCGUGUCGCGAGUUGCCGGUGGUGACGUGGCCUCCAGUCCCAGCUGGGCGAAGAGCAGCCUGUGAUUUUCACCCUGGGCUGGUUCAUUACCUGACGUCUCCAUGGCAACCGGCCUGUGACAUCACGGGGCCAGUGUCCUCAGGGGGAGAAGGCCGCGUUGGCAGAGGCGCCUGCACCCCAGCUGAGAUCUGUUCACAAGUGCCCACAAGGACUGCCCCAUGCCCCAGGGCACGGACGCCCUGAACCCAGACUUGCCUUCCAGCCACCCACCCACCACUGCUCCAGACCACGUCACUGGCAAGGACAAACAGAUGGAUUUCUGUUGGGAUCCUUGGCAGAGGUGCUUCCAGACCACCAACGGCUACCUGUCCGACUCCAGAUCUUGCUCCAGCAAUUACAACGUGGCAGCCCUGGCCACCUCGUCCCUUGUGGGGGUGGUGCAGAGCAUCAAGGACCACAUCACAAAGCCCACGGCCAUGGCGCGUGGCCGCGUGGCCCACCUCAUCGAGUGGAAGGGCUGGAGCGCCCAGCGGUCUGGCUGGGAGCUGUCCCCAGCCGAGGACGAGCAGUACUGCUGCCUCCCGGACGAGCUGCGCGAGGCCCGCUUUGCUGCAGGGGUCGCAGAGCAGUUUGCCAUCACGGAGGCCACACUGAGCGCCUGGUCCUCGCUGGAUGACGAGGAGCUGCACCCUGAGAACAGCCCCCAGGACGUCAUCCAGCUACAGGACCUGGAGAGCAUCUAUCUUCAGGACAGUCUUUUGAGUGGCGCCUCGCAGGAUGACAGUCUUCUGGCCUUCUCCUCCCCUGGCCUCUCCCCCGACGACGGGCCCUCACCCGAGGAGCCCCCCAUCACCGCUGCUGCCCCCCAGCCCCCCAGCCCGGAACAGCAGCAUCGACGGCGGCUGCCGGGGGGUCCAGGGCCUGAGGGCAGCGCCCACCUGCAGGGCUCCCUCCCCUCGGUGGACAGUGGCUCGCUCUCGGAGGAGGAGGAUGAAGUGUUCUAUAACUGAGCUGGGGGCCAUGCUGCCUGGAGCCCGCUCCCACCGUGACCCUGCCUGGUGGGCGGCCCAGGCCUAUCAGGACGCCAGGGUCUGGGCAGGGCAGCUCGACCCCUCAGGGCAGGCACGGGGCGGGUGCAGCAGGGGUUGGGGGCCAGCACUCCCUGUGGACCACUCUGUGCCUCCAUGGACCGGCCCCCAGCCGUGGGAGCCAUAACCCCCCUCCUCCCUUCUUUACGUGGCUCAGGGGGCACCUUCCCUGCGGGGUUUCUGCCAUCAGGGAGUGCAAGGACUCUCAGCAGACGCCGGGGCAAGCUGCCCAGGGGAGCUGACAGCCAGGCCCCGGACAGACAACCAUGGGAGGACUGGGGAGACCCACUUGGAGCGGGGCCUGGGGACCCAGCCUUGACCCGGGGCUCAGUCCCUCCUCCUCUCCGUCUGUGCUUCUGCCCCCAUCAGCAGUGGGGUAGCCUCCUCAGCUGUCGUCACGAGGACACCGGUCUCCUUGGCGUGUCUGUCCGUCCCUCACUGCACCCUGGCGCCCCUGCCUCCUUGCACCCUCCUCCCACCUCCUUCAAGGUUCUCUGAAGACAUUAAAGUGGUGG